AUGCACGAAAGCUUCUACGCAACUGCACCACCAGAGUCGUCGGAUCAUACCAGCGUGAUGUUCACAACAUUUCACAACAAGGAUUUCUCCGACGUGGACUUGCACAUCCAAGAUCUGACUCGAGAAGAUAUCACUCCGGAAGAGUUCGAAUCCCUGUGUGGCCUUCUUAAACAUGACCCGAGAGUGGACAGCUUCGAGCGAGGAAGUAAAGCACUUCGCUUGGAAGUUUUCGGUAUGGACGUCGAUGUAGUUUGCAGAGAUCUCUUCGACGGUGAUUCGCAGUUACAUCGCCAGGGGCAAAUCAACAAACUGAAGCAGCUGUACACGGAUUAUCCAGGUGCCAGGAAUGCUGCUCGAGUUGCUAAGUGGCUUUUUCGGGAUCUCAAGGGUCUGGAUGUUGAGCAUAUAGUAAAUGAUUUGGCGCGGGACAGCAAGAAGUUGUGGCGCAAUCGCCAAAAAGAUUACUCAGGGUUGCAGCUCUUCGAAAAGGUUGUGAUAGAGCUGGGCGGUCCUGCCCAGAGCAGAUACUCUUCAUUGAGGGAAUUGAAGAGGAAGGCUCUUUCCCAACGCGGCAACACGACGACUCUAGACUUGGACAAAGCUUUAGCAAGGAGCCAAGUUCUUGCAACUUCGAUCCACGAGAUGCGCAAGAUGAAGUCACACUCUUCUACGGAAGAGCUUCAGUCGUUGGAGGAUCUUCCCCUGAGAUGCUUGCUGAUACAAUACAAGUGCCUUGGCGGGACUCCGCGGCCUGAUGGUGGGGCAAGCAUACAGGUGCUACCGGACAUGUCGCUGUGCCCAGAAGGUGCGAAUUUGGGGGCCUCCAUUGCUCCUGACUUGGGCACACCUCGCAAGACAAAGAGUGAGGCGCUGAGCCCGAAGCCACAGCUCAGAAUCGAUGGGGGGGCUGGCAGCAGCGACGUCGGCAUUAGUUCUAUUUCACCGACUUCAGCGCAGUCAUAUGGGAGAGGGCGAGGAAGGCGUGGAACAUCGUCAGAAUCCCAGCCCCAAAGGAUGUUCGAACAAGUGGUACUCAUUUUUGAUGAUAUGCUUUGUUGCUAG